UCCUCGAUGGACUGUGAUGCUGAAGCCUCACACACCACAAGUACAAUAGCAGAAGGGGCCCUUGUUCCUGAGGACGUGUACAAUAGCAUAAUGAAGUACAAUCGUGUUGUUUUUACCAAUGUACCUUUUAACGCGUCUAUGCCCCUAAUAAAACUUCACGUGGAGAAAAGUGGACGCAUUUUCAGGCUGGAAAGAGAAGCAGAUCAGGUAUGGGUAACGUAUCUUGAACGAAAGGGAGCCGAGAAGGCAUUUAAAUCUCGGCAAAUUUUUUUGGGCCAACGGCUGUCCGUGUUCCGGCCAAAGAGAAGUACCUGUUCGCUCUACCUUGGUGGACUAGAUGACAACACUACUCAGGACGACAUAUUAAAGGUAAUUUCUGAAUUUGGUAUGGUGGUAAAAUUCAAUCGCCCCAACCGCCCCGGCAGCUAUUACUGCAGCCCGGCUAAUUUCUGUUUUGUUGAAGUCGACGACGGAGUGGCACGAGUUAUCCUGCAGAAAAAACGUAUUGAAAUAAAUAAUACGAUAGUGAAGGUUGAAUUGUCCUGUAGGGAGCAGUCUAAUAAGCCAGCUUCAGGGCCCGCCAUUGAAGACAGUGGAAGUUAUAAGGUGCUCUUGGGACACUUACCUAAAGAAGCCUUGCAUUGCCACGUUAGAACAUAUUUCUCUCAGUUUGGAGGAUUGAAAAAAACAUAUAUAAAAGGUAGGAAUGGAUUUUUGAUUUUUGAUUCUAAGGAGUCUGUACAGAAUGUCCUCUCCUCGACUCACACACUAUUUGGGCAGCAGGUAACACCAUAUUUAGAAAAUGCACGAGAGAAGGAACGACUCUUCUUCCACGGCCUAAAUCCCGAAAUCACCGAUGAAAUGAUUUCUCAGGAAAUAAGCCACUGGGGCACCGUGCUAGAGUUGGUUCGUCCAAAAGACAAGCACACAAACAAUCUUGCCAACUACUGCUUCGUUACUUAUGAGGAGUACGAAGUAACACAGGAGUUGUUGAAACGUGGCCACUUCUAUAUUUGCCACAAAAAAAUUCGCGUGAAACUUGCUGAAAAACCCCGCCGUUAG